AUGAAUCGGAUCCAUCUUCUCACCAGACUCUUCCGGCGCAACUUGUCAGCCAGUCCAAUUCGUCGCGAGCUCGACCCCUUCACUCGCCGGCUUUUCAAGCUCCCUUCUCCCCCAUCCCCGUCGCAACACCAUAAUGAUCUCGCAUCAUUCCUCGCCUACGCAGAGCGGACCUCUCUCCCCACGACAAGCACAACCUACAUAGGCACACACUACGAAUACACUGUCCAGCAAACCCUCCAGCGCUUCGCCUUCUCCCUGCACCGAGUCGGCGGGCGCGACGAUGCCGGCAUCGACCUCGUAGGCACCUGGCACCUCCCGCAACACGAACACCCGCUGCGCGUCUUCGUGCAAUGCAAGGCCCUCAAGACCAAACUGGGGCCGAAUCUCGUCCGGGAGCUCGAAGGGACGUUCCGCCAGUCGCCUGUGGGAUGGCGCACGGGGACGAAGAUUGGAGUUUUGGUCGGCCCUCGUGAGGCGACGAAGGGGGUUCGGGAUGCGAUGGCACGGAGUGCGUACCCGCUUCUGUGGAUGAUGGUUGAGCGUGACGGGGAGCUGCAGCAGGCGCUCUGGAAUAGUUGCGCUGAGCAGCUGGGUUUGGGUGCGUUGGGGGUGGAGAUGGUGUAUGGAGGUGCAUCGAGUAGGAGGAUCAGUUUGACCUGGAAUGGGUCUGAACUGCCGUCUAUGGACCAGGUCGAGGAACUCAUGAUGCAGCGGCAGGUUGAAUGGCUACGACUAUGGGAUGCGGGCUCUGAGAUGUCGGCGGCGCGUAGAGCAGAAUUAUUGGAUCUUGUACAGCAGCUGUAUCCUGAUGAGAAGCCGCUCUUGUUAGGGGCUGAUACGUGCACUACUUUGACAGAGGCAGAUAGGACCAAGGUACUGCAGCAGCUGCGCAACAGGCUACAAACACCUGCGGAGGACAGUGGAAGUUAG